AUGAUAGGAUUUGGACUUCCGCUGAACACAUCUCUGCGUCAACCUGGUGGAAGGUACUCUGCAGCUUUGAAGCCUUGUCCUCCAUUGCCUCAGUCAUACUGCAGAUGCUACCUACAUCCGCUGCAUCAGAGCGCAAUUGGUCACUCUUUGGAAUUACGCACACAAAGGUAAUUUUUGUUUUUAUAAUGAAUUGAUGAUGUGCUGGUUUUAUUGUCUCUGUGUAUUUGUGUAUUUAUUGGUGUUAUAUGUAUUGUACGCAUCUUUUCUUAAGGUGUGCAGUAGUCUGACCAACGAAAGGGUCCAGCAAUUGGUGGCAUUUCGUUCCAAUGUGAAACUGUUUGCGCUAUUAACAGAUGUCACAACACAAAUUGAAUGUGACUCAGAAGAAAAUAAGGAUGCCGGAGACCAAUCGCCCGAAUACUAA